UCUUAUUUUGAAAUGACACUGACGCUUUAUUUUGUAGUGUUGAACCCGGAACUAGCUGCUCCUCAUCAAACUCGUAUUUCUCGUCUAAGUUUUGAAUCGUUUCUCCAGUAAAAGCCAGCAGAGCCGUCUCUGUCCUUCUGGAUCUUCUGGAUGCGGAACCUGCGGGCUCUGCUCGGGAUCGGCUUCCUGGUGAGCUCGCGAGCUGCAGCAACCGUCCCUCAGACGUGUUCGCUGUCCUCCUCAGCUAACCGCCACAACGAGGCCUGUUCCGGCAGCAGAUCGGCGUCCACGAUGGCCCAGACCAUCAAAUAUCUCGGACAGGAGGAGGCCCAGAAGGUUGAUGAGGAGCUCUUCAGCGAGUAUGGCUUCAGCGUGGAUCAGCUGAUGGAGCUGGCUGGACUGAGCUGUGCCACUGCCAUCACACGGGCGUACCCGCUGGCCUCGCUGCGUAAAGCCCGACCGGCGCUGCUGGUGGUCUGUGGACCAGGGAACAACGGGGGCGACGGGCUGGUCUGCGCCAGGCAUCUCCGACUAUUUGGAUACGAGCCCACCAUCCUUUACCCGAAGAGACCCAACAAACCUCUGUUCCAGGGUCUGACCACCCAGUGUGAGAAGAUGGAGAUCCCCUUCCUGACGGAGAUGCCGGAGGCUGAAGUGAUCGAUGAAGCCUACAACCUGGUGAUCGACGCCAUCUUUGGCUUCAGCUUUAAAGGUUCUGUACGAGAACCUUUUGGGUCCAUCCUGGACCAGCUGAAGAAGACCACCAUUCCCAUCGCCAGCAUCGACAUCCCCUCAGGUUGGGACGUGGAGACGGGCAGCGCAGACGGACUCCGACCCGACACACUCGUCUCCCUGACCGCUCCGAAGAAAUCCGCCUCCCUGUUCAGAGGGCGGUACCACUUCCUGGGAGGGCGGUUCGUUCCACCGGGCCUGGAGAGGAAGUACCAGCUCAACCUGCCUCACUACCCCGGAACCGACUGUGUCCUACAGCUGUAAAUGAACAGAAGUUCUGGUCUGGCUCUGUUUAUCAGUCCUGAUCCGGACCAGAACCCCCUGGUCUCUUUCUCCGUCCCAGCUGAUGGACUUCCCUGUAAUCCUUGGGUGGUUCUGGAUCAGAAGUCCUCCAGACUCUGAGGUUUAUCUGGACCUCUCUGGCCCAUUUGGGUUCUGCUAUCUAGAACCGAAUGCUGCUGUGAUCUUUUGUCUCCUCAGCGGGACUUCAGAGGUUUAUUAUGUCGAUGUGGGAUCCCUUCUUCAUCCAAUAAAAACUCAGAUGAUGUU